GCUCCACCUCUGCCUUUAGGUCCUGGAGGUGACACCAUCCAGCCAUCAGGUGGAGGAAAGAAGAGGAGCAUCCAGACCAAAUACCGCCUCCCGCUGUUGAACUGGCAGGCGCUCAGCUCCGAGCAGGUGGUCGGGACCAUCUUCAGCGAGCUGGACGAUGAGCACGUCCUGCAGGAGUUAGACAUGGAUGCCUUUGAGGAGGAGUUCAAAACCAAAGCCCAGUCGGCCCCCGUGGACCUGGGCACCCUGAAGAUGAAGGUGGCCCAGAAGCCCGUCAGCAGAGUGACCCUGAUGGAGCCAAACCGGGCCAAGAACCUGGCCAUCACGCUAAGGAAGGAGGGGAUGGCCGGGUCGGACAUCUGCGUGGCCAUCGAGUCGUACGACCAGAGGGCCCUGAGUCUGGACUUCCUGGAGCAGCUUGAGCGGUUCGUCCCCACCGAGCAGGAGCUGAAACUGCUCCGGGGCCACGAGGCGUCGGGCCGACCGCAGAUGGAUCUGAGCGAGGAGGAGCGCUUCCUGCUGCGCUUCAGCCAAAUCCCCCGCCUAAACCAGAGAAUCAGCGCGCUCACAUUCAUGGGAAACCUCCCCGACAGCGUGGGGCGGCUGCAGCCGCAACUGGACGCCAUCAUCGCAGCCUCCAUGUCCAUCAAGUCCUCCGGCAAGCUGAAGAAAAUCCUGGAGGUGGUCUUGGCCUUUGGGAACUACAUGAACAGCAGCAGGCGGGGGGCCGCGUACGGCUUCAGGCUGCAGAGCCUCGACUUGCUGCUGGACACCAAAUCCACGGACCGGCGCCGGACGCUGCUGCACUUCCUGGUGAGCAGCGUCCGGCAGAAGCUUCCGGAGCUCAGCGCCUUCCACACAGAGCUGCACUUCCUGGACAAGGCCGCGCUCGUGUCGAUCGACAGCGUCCUGCAGGACGUGCGGGCGCUGGAGAGAGGAAUGGAGGCGACCCGCAGCGAGUUCCAGGCGGAGAACCACCCGGUUCUGCAGAGGUUCCUGAGCAGCAACGCCGGGCUGCUGGAGGCUCUGACGGCCGACGGACGCACGGCACAGGUCGGCUUCAGAUAG